AUGUCAGAUUCCAACACAACCGACUUCACCAACCCCUCCACCUUCAUCCUGCUGGGUAUUCCCGGCCUGGAGGCUGCCCAUGUCUGGAUCUCCAUCCCCUUCUCCGCCAUGUAUGUCAUAGCCGUCUUGGGGAACUUCACCAUCCUGUUCAUUGUGAAGAUGGAUCCCAGCCUCCAUGAGCCCAUGUACUAUUUCCUCUGCAUGCUGGCCGUCACCGACCUGGUCCUGUCUACGUCCAUCCUGCCCAAAAUGCUGAGCAUCUACUGGUUCAAUUCCAGGGAGAUCGAUUUCAGUGCCUGCCUCACCCAGAUGUACUUUAUUCACUGCUUCACAGUGAUGGAGUCUGGGAUCUUCGUGGCCAUGGCUUUUGAUCGUUAUGUGGCCAUCUGUGAUCCCCUGAGACAUUCCACCAUCCUGACAAAUCCUGUGGUUGUCAAGAUCGGCCUGGCCGUGGUGCUGCGUGGUGGCAUGUUCAUACUGCCCUAUCCCAUCCUGGCGAGGCAGUGGCCAUAUUGCAGAACCAACAUCAUCCCCCACACGUACUGCGAGCACAUAGCCGUAGUGAAACUGGCCUGCGCAGACAUCCGUGUCAUAAGUUACUAUAGCCUCUCUAUGGCAUUCUUGUUGACUGGUCUGGAUGUGUUUUUUAUCGCCGUGUCCUAUACCCAGAUCCUCAGGGCCAUCUUCAGCCUCCCCACAAAGGACGCCUGGCUCAAGUCUUUUGGGACCUGCAGCUCCCACCUCUGUGCCAUCUUAAUCUUUUACAUCCCAGGUCUCUUCUCCUUCAUCACGCACCGGUUUGGCCACAAUGUGACUCUGUAUUUCCACAUUCUCCUUGCCAACGUGUACCUCCUGGUUCCCCCCAUGCUGAACCCCAUCAUCUAUGGGGUGAGGACCAAACAGAUCCGGAACAGGCUGCUCCAGCUUUUUACUGAUAAAGGAACUAAAGCCAUCUGCGACCCCCUGAGACAUUCCACCAUCCUGACAAACUCUGUGGUGGCCAAGAUCGGCCUGGCCAUGGUGCUGCGUGGCAUCAUGGUCAUACUGCCCUAUCCCUUCCUGGCAAGGCAGUGGCUAUCUUGCAGAACCAACAUCAUCCCCCACACGUACUGUGAGGGCAUAACUGUGUUGAAGGUUGCAUGUGCUGACAUCCGCGAUGCCCGGCUCAAGACUUUUAGGACCUGUGUCUCCCACCUCUUUGGCUUCUUAACCUUUUGCAUCCCAUCUUUGUUCUCCAUCCUCACGCACUGGUUUGACCAGAAUGUCCCCAUGCACUUCCAUGUUCUCAUUGCUAACGUGUACUUCCUGGUACCCCCUGUGCUGAACCCCAUCAUCUAUGGGGUGACGACCAAACAGAUCAGAAACAGGCUGCUCCGGUUCUUCACUUGUAAAGGGACCUAA